CUGCCACGAUUAUAGACGGAUAUGCUUACAGAUGCUUUUCUAAGGCAUGCAGAUCAAAGGCAAGCCCAAAGAAGGGGUCUAAAAUGGCCACCCUGAAUAUAGAAUUUGUAAAAAUUCUUAGGGAAAUGUAUUGCUGGGUAUAUGAUUAUACCCUGGCUUAG